GGACAUGGUAGCAUCAUAAUGCCUGAGGGACCCUCGUUGAUCAAGUGGUGUACAAUGAUCAAACAAUUUCUUGGUCGGAAGACAACAAGAAUCAGUGGGUCCUCAAAGACUGUGGAUAAGUUGAAAUGGAGUGGGGCCACUCUUGAAGAUGCUAGAGUCUAUGGAAAACAACUCUUCUUGCAUCUGGCGCACGAUAGAAAGACUUCAACGGAUUCAGAUUCAGAUGAUCUCAACAAAGAAGAAUCGAUGUGGCUCCGAUGUCAUUUUUUGAUGUGGGGGAGUGUCAGAGUCAAUGAGUUCAACUGUAAACCAUCAAAGACGAACACGUUUCCAGAGCCGAGACUUGUUUUUUACUUUAGCAAAGAUGAGUUCUUGGUGUUUUAUGGAGGGAGCUUCAAGGAGAUGAACCACCCUCCAGAUGACAAUAGCAAAUCAGAUAUCCUCAGUAAGGAUUUUGAUAGAUGCAAGGCAGCAGAUCAUAUUCUUGAGGAUCACCCAAUCUCGUACAUCUUGUUAGAUCAGAGUAAAUUCUGUGGGCUUGGCAACAUCAUCAAAAACGAGGUCUUGUACAGCACAGGAACCCAUCCAAUGCAACUGGGAUGUCGGCUAUCUAGAGCCAAAGCUGCAGUGAUUGUUGACACAGUGGUGACUUUCUCUGAAAGAUGGCUGGCUUGGAAGAUGGAAGGGAAGCCCUCAAGAAAGUUUGGAGAUUGGACAGAGAUCUACAAGAAAGCUAUCUGUCCAAAGGAUCAUGCAACAACAAAAUCAAUGUUUGGUCCAACUGGUAUGGAAAGAAUCACAUACUGGUGUCCAACAUGUCAACCAAUGGAAAAUCCUGAUGGUUCAUCAGCAGAUGGGGCAGGUACAUCAGAUCUGGUUCCAAAUACUUCUAAAGAAUGUUAUGUAGAAGGAAAAUCUCAGAAUAUCACCAGCCAGGGGCACAAUGUCACAGAAUCUUUAGUAGAUAUCAAACAUGAAGAUGAACUAGAAUUCAAGAUGGACUUUCCUAUGAUGAGUGAGAGCCCUUCCUUGGUGCAUGAAUCAGAAAGAAGCCUUAAAUCCGAGCAAGUUAUCCCAGACCUACCACAUUACCUUGACAUUAUGGAUGAUGGUUCCCCUUCUAUGCUGCCUUUCGACAUGUUGGAAACAAAGCAGAAUAGUUUAAGAACAGAACGUGGUGGGAACAAGACUCCGCUAUCAUUCUGUAGGGAGGACCAAGCAAGACCAUGCUCACCCUCAGUCAAAAAGAUCAAGCUUGGUGCAGGAGCAAGUUGUACUUUUCAUCUGAAAAAGGAAGAAGAGCCUGUUGUCCCUUUGCUGUAUCAAUCUGGCUCACCAGGUACCAUUAACAGCCUUAAUGUGGCCGACCAGCAACAAGAUGAUUUCACCAGGAUUUCUGUGUCCGUAUCAACCAUCAGGGAGCUCAUGAGGAUACAUGCCAGGGUGCAUGUUAAGAAACUGACGUUGGAUGAAGACUGUACAUCCUUGUGAUUCAUGAAAGAAUUUAGGACUGGUUGCUGCCUUGGAUAGAGGUUUGUGCAAUUAAGCGGUCUUCCCCCAAAGUCACUUGAUAACAAAAUCACCCGCCAGAUCAUUGUCUUAAUUUGACUGAUAUGAUUUUUCAUGAAGAGAAUCUGGGAGCAUAAAUUGUUUCGUUAUCUUUAGCAUUUACUUUGUCUCUCACUAAAUCAUAACAUGUUUCUCAAAGAAACUUUAUGUUCAAUGUGUUACCUUCAUUUGGAGAGAAUCCAGGAAAAGAAUCUGGUCUUUGUUUUUGCAUCUCAUCAAGAAAUUUUUAUUGUUCACCUAACUAUUUCUAAAGAUAUUAUGUUUUAUUUUAAUUGAUAUGCGACUUCAGGUUUCUACCGUGCAUAAUUGUUGUUUUACUUUAAAAAGUUAUUUUCAAUAUUUGAUAUUUUUCGAACAUUUUAAAGAAAAUAAUGGUCAUGAAGGUGUCUGAGUAGCAGUUAUAAUUCUAAAAAAUGAACUUGUCAUUGAUAGGUAAUUGUUUUUUCUAUCAAUUGAUCAGUAAAUUGAAGUUCCAUUCUGUAUACAUUGGCAUAUUUUAAAUGCUACUUGGAUAUUCUUUUCAAUAAGUUUAAAGAAAGUAAUUUUCAUGAUAAUGUCUUGAUUGUUUAUAACAUUCACUCAAGUCAUGACACGUUUCCCAAAGUACUUAUUCCCAAUGUUAGAUCCCAUUGAUAUCAAGAAAAUCUGGGGAAAAUGUCUGAUAUUCAUUUUUCAUCUCGUUAAGAACUUUUGUUUCUCAUCUUCUUGAAGAUUUAUGGGUGGGUAAAGAUGAUAAAAGUUAUAGUUUUAAAAGUAACAAGAAGUCACCAUGGUCAUUGUUAAAAGUUGAUUUGUUAAUUGAUUGACAACAUUACUCCGUGCACAACUUUGUUUACUUUUGUCGUCUUUUAGAUUUAACUUGAAAAGUUAUUGUCUAAUUUUUUAUAACAUUUUCAAACAUUUUAAAGAAAGUAAUGAUCAUGAACAGUGUCUUGAUUGAGUCAAUGUCAUUUUAGGUAAUAUGUAGGUCUACUCUAGCAUUCACUAAGUCGUGACACAUUUCCAAAAUAAAAAUGGUUUUCCUAUUAUUUGAUCCUAUUAAAAAUGGCGUAAAUACUAGGAAAUAUAUUCAUAUCUUCAGGAACAUUUAUUUCUCACAGUCCAUGAAACUUCAUAUAUGUGAGAAAAAGGAAGGCAGGAACUACUUAUUUAUCAGGUGGUUCGGUCUUUCUUUCUUUUUUAUAUGCAACUUUAAGUUCCACUAUAUAGCAUUCAUAUCAAAAUGACUUACCAAAAUUUCCCUAUAGCAAAUCGUGGGACUGAUUGAUAUGGAGAAAAUUCAGGGAGAAUAUAGGAUCUCUUUAUUUUUUCAGUUCACCAAGAAAUGGU